AUGCUUCUCAUCGGCUUAACUGGCUCGAUAGCGACCGGCAAAUCGACCGUAUCGUCCCUCCUCUCCUCUUCCCCCUACAACAUCCCCAUAAUCGAUGCAGAUGUGCUGGCCCGAAAAGUUGUCGAGCCUGGGACUGCCGGGUAUCGUGCUAUAGUCGACUACUUUGGACCUACAACUCCUGAUCUGCUACUCCCCGAGGAACAACCCGGUAAAGGGCGGCCCUUAAACAGACCAGUCCUUGGCAGACGAGUAUUUGGCGACUCUCCAGAGCGAAAAAAGGACCGAUCUGUCCUUAAUGGAAUUGUGCAUCCUGCUGUGAGAUGGGAGAUGUAUCGAGCCUUACUUUGGUACUACUUACAUGGACACUGGGCUGUCGUUUUGGAUGUUCCUCUUCUUUUCGAGAGUGGAUUGGAUGCUCUUUGCGGGACUGUUAUUGUUGUUGGAGUCAAAGACCCAGCUGUUCAGAUGCAGAGACUGCGUGCCAGGGAUCUUCAUCUUAGUGCUGAAGAUGCAGAGAAUCGUGUGAGGAGUCAAGGAGACGUACAGGGAAAAAUUGAGAGGGCAGAGUUCAGAGGAACCGAGAAUGCAAGAGGUGUUAUUGUCUGGAAUGAUGGAGAUAAGUCGGAGUUGGAAGUCGAGGUUAGGCGAGCAAUUGCCCAUAUCAAUUCCACAAGCCCGCAGUGGUGGGCGUGGGUGUUACUACUGGUUCCUCCGUUAGGGGUUGGAGUAGCUGCAUGGAACCUGGCCAGAAAUUAUAGGGAGAAGGCAAGGUGGGAAGAGAAGCAGCGGAGCGACAAGGCAAAGCUGUAA